AUGUCUACUACAAAUAACGUAAAUACAAAAAUUUCAAAUUCUGAGUCAACUAUAAGGCACAUGGAGACAAAACAGAACCAAACUCAAAUUCCAAUCCGCAGUCAACAACAAACAAAUCCAACUUCCACUUUGCAGCCAAGUGACACUUAUAUUCCAGAUUAUUUAAGCAAUUUAGUACCAGAACUAAACUCUUAUGAAGAUUUGAUUGAUAUUGAAAAAAAAUUGGAUACAUAUUUAUCCAGAAAACAAAUAGAUAUUAAUCAAAUUGUGGAACAAUGGAACAGCUCAAGGAAUGCUAAUGGUAUAUUUUCUCAGUAUAAUAAAGAUGAUAUCCAAUAUUUACGUAUCUUUAUUUCUAACACCGCAGAGAAUCAAGUCUGGCAACUGGAGCAACAACAACAUACUAAUGAAGAAAAUAAUGAAAUAUCUAAACAAGAUGUUGAAUCAAUAACAAAUGGAAAUUCAGAUCCUUAUUGGAUAAUGAGAAUUGAAGGUAGAUUAAUUGACGAUUUACCUGCUGAUGAUCCAGAGAGAUCCAAAUUUAGUUCUUUCAUUAAAGAUAUUGCUGUAGACUUUAAAAGACUGCCAAAGAAUCAACAUAAUAAUAAUAGCGCUACUGCAACUACUUCUACUAAUAAUAACGAAACUUCAAAUAAUCAAAAUCCUGCGGUAUUUAAUAAUCAUAACAACAACAACAAUAAUAAUAACGAUAAUUUUGAAUCUACUAAUUUGAAUUUGACAUUACCUCAAAAUACAGCUGGAAGUGAUAAUGCUAGUACUAUCACUGUCAACAACAACCUUAGUAAUGAUACUGAUAAUAAAAUUGUGGAUGUAGUUGAAUGGCACGCAGAUGAUGAAAAUCAAGUAGAAUUUGAUGGUUUAGAUAUUAAAAGGUAUGGCUCAGAAAACUUACAAUGCACCGUCACUAUUCAACCAAAAGGGUGCACAGGAAACUACCUAGAAUACUCUCCUGAAUUGUCAAUGAUCAUUGGAAAGUCUCGUGGAUCUAUACAGGAAGCAGUCUAUUCAUUAUACAAAUAUUUAUUGAUUAAUAAUCUCUUGAUUAGUAGUGCAAAUCUUUCAAAGGAUAACAAUAUGAGUAAAAAUAGAAUUAAUCACAACUCCAAUAGUAGUUACAGUAACAAUAAAAUACCAAAAGAUGAUGGUAUGGGGAAAACUGUUGAUGAAACCACUCUGGUGCAGAUAGAUAAAUUCUUAUCUGUGUUAUUAGGGGAUGAAAAUAAAGAUAAUGAUGGUGACAUUAAUAUGGAUGUUGAUACGGAUCAAUCAAACAACAAUGACGAUAACGGUUUGCAAGAGAAUGAAAUAAGGAGAAUCAUGAAGUUAUCUGAAUUUUUAUCGUUAGUCAAUGCACAUGUUCAGCCAUUUAAACCUAUUGUGAUUGACUAUACAGUAAGAGUAGAUAAAGCAUCAACCUAUGGUGAAUUAGUCUUUGAUAUCGAAGUACCUAAAUUAUCGACAUUAUCAGACAAAAAUAGAAUAGAUGAAAUAGGUCGGGAUGGACUAUCGUUAAUAUCAGAGUUGGAAAAAUAUACUGAAGAAAAUAAAGAUAAACUGGAAUCACACGAAAGAGAGAUUAGUCUAUUAAAACUUCAAUUAAAUGAAACUGCCCAUAAGUACCAAUUCUUCCACAAAUUGGGUCAAGAUCCUGUACCUGCCUUACAAGAUUAUAUCCAAUCACAAGCAAAUGCAUUAAAGAUUCUCUCUGGUGAUGAAGGGUUCAAUGAGGAUACCGUAAGAAGAGCACAAUUCUAUAAAGACAAUGAAGAAAUGUUGUUUGAAAAUAUCGGUGUUAUGUUAGCUAACGGUAGAAUAUAA